CAAACGAAAUGCCAAUGCUGGCUCCAGAAUCGUGCCGUCCAGGCGGCAGCGACAUUUUAAGCUCAGUUUUGCCAAUGUCAUCAACGAUUAGAGCGCUUUGAAGUGUUUGUGCUGUGACGCAUGGCCGAAACAAGAAUACUGUAGUGUGGGGUUUUCCAGAUCAACAUGUCCCUUCCUAACGUCAUACGAGGGCGAUGCGCUGUGGUUGGAGAGAGCACGGCAGGGAAAACGGCCUUGGUGCAGGUCUUUCUAUCGGAUGGAGCCGACUACCCAAAGAACUACAGCAUGACUUUCACGGUGGACCUGCACCAGAAGCAGGUGCGGAUCCCUGACACGUCAGAGUCUGUGGAGCUCUUCAUUUACGACGCUUCCGGCAAGAGCAUCUACCGGGACGUCCUCAGCAAUGUGCUGAACCCCAACCUGGUCAUCAUCGUGUACGACGUCACCAACGAGAAGUCGUUCCAGGCAGUUGCAGAGUGGCACAAGUUCAUCAAGGAGGCCAAGAAGGACAAAAACACCAUGCCCGGGGUGCUGAUGGCGUGCAAAAUCGACCUGACUGAACGACGCAUCAUCAGUCCCAAG